AUGGUACAGAAUGGAAAUAAAGCAGCUACAACAUCAUCUGCUCGACCAUCUGUUCAUUAUUAUUCGUCGAUCGAUGAUAUAGAGAGAUUAUCGAAUCUGUUGAACAAUUCAGCGACAUCGGUAGACACUAUCGACAGUGAAAACCGUACACCGCUGCACCAUGCAGCCUAUGGUGGAUCGACAAGAUGCGUUGCAUUCCUCCUCGACAAGAAGGGUAAUGCACAUGCCAAAGACUCGGCAGGAAACACACCACUACAGUGGGCUGCUGCACGUGGUCACCUCGAGUGUAUGAAGUUACUGAUCGAGAAGGGUGGUGCCGAUGUAAACUCUAAAGACGACAAAAACGGAACACCUCUCCACAAGGCCGCUCUCUUUGCUUCAUCAGAGUGCGUGCAAUAUCUCCUGACCAACAGAGCAGAUCCCAAAGCAACAACGACCAACGGUGAAACACCACUGCAUCAUGCGUGUGCCGGUGGUAAUGCUGUGUGUGUUGAAUUACUUAUUAAAUCAGAUGCUAAAGUAAAUUGUGUUGAUUAUGAUGGUAUUACACCAUUACAUCAAGCAUCUUUUAGUGGACAUUCAUCUUGUGUAUCUCUAUUGAUUAGAAAGGGAGCAAAGGUAGAUCCAAGAGAUGUUCAUGGAAUAUCACCGUUGCAUAAUGCCGCAUCAGCAGGCUAUAUAGAGUGUGUCGAUUUACUGGUGAGAAGCGGUGAGAAUAUAAAUUGUGUCGACGUGGAGGGUGUCACACCACUACACCAUGCUUGUUUCAAUGGAAACUUUGCAUUACUGAAACGAUUGUUAGAGUUGGGUUCAAAGAUUGAUAUGGUCGAUGAAAUGGGUGAAACACCACUCCACAAAGCAGCAUUCAAUGGACACAAAGAAAUAGUAGAGCAUCUCUUAAAGUUGACACCCAACGUCGAUUGUAGAGAUAUCCGACAAUCAACUCCACUACAUUUAGCAUCAUUUAACGGAAUCUAUGAUAUAGUACAAAUUUUAAUUAAUCACAAAUCAUCAGUAAAUAUUCGUGAUGAAGAAGGUGCAACACCAUUACAUAAAGCAUCGUUCAAUGGACACUCCUCAGUUGCUAAAUUAUUGAUUGAUAACGGUGCAUCGAUCAAUGUGUUGGAUAAUCAAGGUGCUUCACCUCUACACAAGGCAGCUUUCAAUGGUAGAGGCAAAUGCUUGAAUACACUGAUAAAGAAUGGUGCUGAUUUGGAGAUUAAAGACAAUCAAGGUGGUACUCCUCUUCACAAUGCUGCCUACAAUGGACACACAGAGUGCUGUAAGAUCCUCUUAAAGAAGGGUGCCUUUGUUGAUUCAGUCGAUACACACCAGUCAACUCCUCUGCACUUGGCAAGUGCUGCUGGUGCACGUGAUACUGUCGAUGUUCUCGUUACCUACAAAUCAAAGGUCGACAUGAAGAACUGUGCCGGAAAGACACCGCUGGUCUAUGCAAUCAAGAAGAAUCAUGGUGAUGUUGCACGUGUUUUGAUUAGAGUGGGUGCCGAUCUCAAGUCUAUUAGCAACCGUUCUUCGCUAGACUUUAACAAAUGUUUUGGUACUUCUAACCCCGAUGAAAUCUACCAACUCGUCAAUAAGCGUGAGUCUCGAUCACUGCCCAACGAAGAGGUUAACAAUGCACUGUUGGAUCAACAGUUGAAAGAUGAUUUGGAUCAGCAACAAGCCAAUCAAAAGCGUUUGUUGAUAAAGACUGCCAUCACCACCUUUAACAAUCAUCCAAGAAAGGGUAUUGAAUAUGCAGUAAGCUCUGGACUCUGCGAGAAGACACCAAAGGACAUUGCCCACUUCCUCUUGAGUCACGACGAUCUCAGCAAGCAAAGCAUUGGAGAGUACAUUGGUGAUGGUGAUGAAUUCAACAUUCAAGUGUUGCAUGCGUUUGUCGAUGAGCUCGAUUUCUCUGGACUCGACUUUGAUGUUGCUCUUCGUAAGUUCCUAAAGAACUUUAGAUUGCCAGGUGAAGCACAAAAGAUCGACAGAAUGAUGGAGAAGUUUGCUCAGCAAUUCUAUAACCACAAUCCGGACAACAAGAUAUUUGCCAACAACGAUACUGUCUAUGUGCUUGCAUUCUCUGUAAUCAUGUUGAAUACCGAUGCCCACAAUCCAAACAUCAAAAAGAAGAUGACCAAGGCAGAGUUCCUCAAGAACAACAGUGGAAUCAACAAUGGUGAUGACUUGCCACUCGAGUUUAUGGAAAACCUCUACGAUCGUAUCGUAACCAAUGAAAUUAAAAUGGAGCGUGACGGUCAAACCGAUACACACGCAGAGAAGAAGGGUUGGCUCACCAAGCAAGGUGGAAGAAUCAAGACAUGGAAGAAGCGUUGGUUCAAACUCACUGCCAAUUGUCUACUCUACUUCAAGACACCACAAGAUUUGGAGCCAUGCGGUAUCAUUCCACUCGAAAACGUUGUAGUCACUGUUGUCGUGCAAAAGAAAUUCUGUUUCAUGUUGCACUCGUCACAAGAACAGAUGAAGGCAUGCAAGCUCAACUCUGAUGGUACUCUUGUACAGGCCAAUCACGCCAGCUACUUUAUCUCUGCUGCCAACUUGGCCGAGAUGGAAUCUUGGGUACAAGCUAUUAAGAGCAACAUUCACUCCAAUCCAAACUUUGAACAGCUUCACAAGAGAAAGGCAGAGACAAUCCGUGGUAGAGGAAAGGUAAACAAACCAAUUCAAGUUAGAAAAUCGACAAUCGUCUCGACAAAACCACCAGUCACCUUUUCAUCAACCUCAUCUCCUGCAUCUGAACACCAUGCAGUACCCACUACACCUCAAACCAACUCACCAAUACCAAAUGUUGCGAAUGACGAGGAGCUGUGUCACACUCUAGAAAGUCUUGCUUCCGUUAACUCGCUUGUUGAUACCCGUUUGUCAGCCGACACUCCCACUUUCAGCUGUACCAAUCACCCGCUCCCCAUUUCCCUCUCUCCUAGACGGUUGGAUCGUAUCUACGUCGCAUCCACAAUGCUAGGUAGUAAUCCCGCUGUCGCCACCUAUUUCCAUGACAAGAGUGAUCACUGCCCAAUCUCUGUCGACAUCAAUCUCUCAAUACCAAAAAUAGACGAAUCUGAAAAAACAAACGAAUAUCUUAAUCAGAAUAGAUCAAAUAAUAAUAAAAUGAAACAGUGUGAUAAACAUCAAAAAGAUCUUGAUCUUUUAUGUUCAGAUUGUAACACUAUCAUUUGUUAUCGAUGUUUGAUAUCACAACAUUAUGGACAUCGAAUUUUUCUCAUUGAUCAAAUCAAGCAAUCUAUAUUGAAUAUCAAUUAUAAUAAUAUUAUCAAUGAAAAAAAAGAAGAAAAAGAAGAAGAAGAAGAGGAGGAAGAGGAAGAAGAAGAGGAGGAGGAAGAGGAAGAAGAAGUGGGGGAGGAAGAACAAGAGGAUGUUAGUGAUGAAGAAGAGAAUGAUCAUGAUAAUAGUAAAACAAAAAAUAAAAAUAGUCCUAAUAAUGAUAAAAGCAAUGAUAAUGAUAAUGAAGAAGAUAAUAUAAUCAAAGAGAGAUUACAAUGGCUGUGGAAUCAUGUCAAUGAAUCAUCAAGACAGAUCAAAUCACUUAGUUAUAUGGAGAAUGUUAUAUCUGGUCACUUUAAACAAUUCUAUGAAGCAUUGAUGAUUGAAGAACGAAGACUAGCAAAGCCAAUCAAUGAUGAUCUAAUACAAAACGAACAACAGCUUCAAAAUCAUCUCAAGGAGAUUCAAUCAUUACAUAACAUAAUUCAUUCAAUAACAUCCAAUUUAAUGCCACCUCAAACUAUAAACAACAUACAAACAACAGAUCACGAAGAAGAAACAGUUAGUGUAAAAGUUGAUACCAUGAACUCGCAAUACUUGGCUGAUUCUGUCAUUCAAUCAGAGUCACUGGAGGAAUUCAUUCACAACAAUUUAGAUUUACUAUUCAACAAGAAUCAUAAUAUCUUUGAGCACCAACAGAACACUAAUAGUGACAGCACAAAAAUCAACAAACUAAAUGAUAUUGAUCAUUCAAUAUUGGAAGUAAUUAGAAAUCAUUUUGACACAUUCAAGGCCAAUGAUAGUGACGAUGACAAAGAUGAUGAAAAAGAAAGUAAAAAUGAACAUUCAAUCGUUGUAAAGAAUAGUUCUACUUUUGAAUUGGUAGCAUUGGUUAAAAGGUCGAUUUCAAAUGAAAAUCAUCCUUAUGCAGUUGAUCAUCGACCGAGUUAUCUAUUUACUUUCAAAAAAGGUGAACCAUCAUUAUAUAGUGGUUCAAUCAAUAGUAGCUUACUGAAAAUGGAAGAAGAAUCCACAAGAUUGGUGGAAAGUCUCAAGUCAUUUGAUAUUCAAUUUGUUGGUUGCACCCGAAAUAUCCUGUAUAUAUUCUUUCAAUCAAAAACGAACUCCUCAUAUCUCAUGUAUUCACUUGGAGACAAGACAAUUAAUAUUCUCGUACCAAAUCUCAACGCAUUUAUUCCUGCCAAUAGCAAUGAGCUAUCGGUUAUGUGGUACGAUGGUUAUGAAAAUCUUUACUCAUUUGUUAGAGAUAGACACAACCCAAAUUCUUUGAAAAUUUUUCGAUUUAAUAUAAUUGAAGAUUAUUAUGAACAUAUAGAAAUCAGUAUUAGAUAUGAAGAUUCAAUCGAGAAAAUAGUACCGGUUGGAUUCUUUUCACACAACACUGGUUAUGUUAGUGCAAUCUGUUUCGACGGUAAAUCAAAUACCUUUCAGUUUUAUGACUUUAACACUUUGGAUCUCAGUCCAGAAGGCAGUAUCUAUGCAAUUUUAAAGAAUUUAGAGAUUGUUGGCAAAGUUGGUUUGAUCUCAUAUUGCUACUGUGAUCAUAUGUUAUACUUGUAUAUUUGCUGUCAUGGCGAUCCACAAUAUGACUGGUUCGUCAGUGUCAACCCAAAGGACAGACAAUUCAAAAAGCUAAAAAAUAUUAGCGAUUUUAUUGCCCUAACAAACAAUCGUAUCUCUAUAACUCCAAUGACAUUCCACUAUGAACAAAAAAAGAUUUACCUUUUGACAGAGAAUCAAAUUUUUGUUUAUUUAAUUAAAGGUAAUUAUUGGAGGAAAUGUAAUUACUCUCCAUCUCAUGGAAAGUUACUUUUAAUAUAA